AUGACCUUUCCCAGGUGCACGUUCUGUACCCUACUGGCCCAUGAGCAGGGGCUGCAGAUGAGCAGACUGGUCAUGGUGAGCGGCGGUGCACCUUCCCCCCUGGAACCUCAGCCUUGUCACAUCUUCUGUCUCCCUGUGUGUCUGCUGGACUGUAUCAGCCCCAUGCUGGUCAAGUGUUUCCUCAGGAGAGCCUUCAGCACACGAGCUCAGCUCUCCACUGUAGAAAACAUGCACAAGUCAUUCAAUGUGCCUGCUCAUGUGCUGAGGGGAACAAUGGUGGGACAGGUUUGGCAUGAGGGUGAUGAGGGUUACCAUACAGAGAUCGAGGUCCCCACGUUGCUGAUCCACGGGAGACAGGACGGCUUGGUACCCCUGCAGGAUGAAUACGGGAUGGAAGAGGCCCUACCUUACUGUCAUCUGGAUGUGAUAGAAGACGUGAGUCACAUGGUGAUGAUGGAAUGUCCGGACAAGGUCAACCAACUCAUCCAUGACUUCAUACUGCAGGACAGCGAGGAACUGUUCUCCCAGAAGCAUGUCAACAGAUCCCCCAGCAGAGCCUCCCUCAAGUCCACCAGUAAGGCCAUACCUGCUCAUCUCCUCACAAGCUGAUCGUGAUGGGGCUGAUUUUAACUCCUGUCAUGCAAAACCUACCAGGGAGCCUAGCUGAGUCAGGCGGGGAAGAGCUCUUGUAGCCCCGAAGAGAACCUGCCCUAACCACGAUAGACUGGACACCAGGCUAUGUGGAAACUUGAUUGCCAGAAUUUUAACUCUAAGAAUCUUCACUCCAAGUUGCACUUGAUAUAGCUACACUCUGUUUUGAUGACAUUGUUGCACAAACCACUUCUGGUGACACGUUACGAUGAUGAUUGAUCGAUGUGCACAAGUUGUCUACUUUGUAAUAAAUAUAUAAGUAAAUGGUAGGAUGGGGGGGAAUAGUGCAAAGAACCAUGCAAUUCUAAUGUGUAACGAUGGAGCUGACUUAAAAAUGUAGUUCUAAACCUUCUUUAAAUUAGUAAAGUAGGAAUACAUUAAAUUUCAAAUCUAUUACAGUAGAAAGGUUUUUCAAUUUAUUGAGCUACAGUCUUUUAUAAUAAUAACAUUAUGAAGACUUACGAUUAUCAAAACAGUUACUGUUACGAGGGCUGAUGGGAAUCAUGACUCUGCAAUUGUUCUACAAAGACCAAUAUCUGGAUUUAAAAUUGUAAUCAGUGUAACAGGUAACAUUAUAUCAUAACAUUUAUGUCAGCCUGUCAAACUGGAGAUGGCCUUUUGAAAGAUGUACAGUGUAUAUGUAUUGGUUCCAAAUUAGGCAUUUUGUUAACUUUUAAAUGGUCAAAGAACCUGCAUGUCUUAUUUUUGUUUGCUGGAAGAAUAUAUUUUAUGAUAUUGAAUGCAUCUGUUUUUAUGUACUGUUAGUGUGGUUAAGGGUUGUUUUCUGUUAUGUGAAGGGCUUAUUUGUUGUUUGCUGUUUUUUGCCUUUUCUUGUUGUGUUGACUGAAUAAUCGUAAUUUAUUUUUUAAGACAAAAUUAUAAGUGCACCUUACCAAUCUGAUCUGUACUGUAAAUGAUCCUAAUAACGACUCUGAAAAUACAAAACUUGACUAUAGACUGUGAUAUAUCGAGAUUUUAUUAGUACAUGCACCAAUCCUGUAAACUAAGAGAACAAAAUUAGACAAAGAUACAAAUAUUUUUAUGACACUGAUAUGUGCAAUAGGAGUAUACUUCUACAAUAUAUGUGUUAGACGUAAAAGACAGAAACUAAGCCAUGUACUUGGGCAUUGUAGAUUUUUAAACUUUUUAUUUUUAUUCUUAAUAUUUAUACCAGAUCAAAGCUACUAUUUUCCCGGCUGAUUCUGUCAAUUUUAAGGUUCCUGGGCUGCACGAUCAUAAUUUUUGCAAAGAGAAUGUUUUCAAAAAGUUUGAAUGUUAAGUUUCUCAAAUUUGCAAGUCUUGUUGAGAAAUGUAUUAUGAUUUCAAGAAAUGCAACAUUACCAUUAUACUGUUAUCUGAAUAACUGAACAAUGACAUCACCGUUUUUGUUUGUGAUAAGAUAAACAAGAUACUAGAUAAGGCCAUGUUGAUUUGAUUAUAUGGAUGACAUCCUCUGGG